AUGGCAUACCGAGACAAAGCAUAUGAUGCAAUGGAAUCUCCUUCUGCAUCGUCACAUGCUGCAAUUGAGAUGGAGGCAUCCACGUCCGUUUUCAAGUCGACCGGCACUCCAUUAGGAAGUGACAAGAUGUUGUACGACCAUGAUCUGGUCAUGGUCUUCCCCCGUCGUGAGGGUGGAGAGCUUAAGAAGCCCGAAGAGUUUACACUGCGCAGAUUUGUGCAUCUCAUGAUUGGUAAGGACCAGGAGCGUAGUAAGCGGGCUAAUAAGAUCGUGGUGGACCCGUUUCAGCGCGUCUUGCGCACGCCACGGUGCUUCCUGGACGACCGUGGUUGUGACGUUGUCAUGGACACGAGCAACGACCACAGUGAGACCGCCGAGCAGCGUCGACUUGAGACACAGCAGCAGCUUCUUGAGAACGAGUACAAACAGUUUGUUGGCUCGACACAGGCCACGACGGAGACGAAAUUUUGUGAACUGGUAGCUACGGCCAUUUCACGACGUGUGCAACUUGCAUGUGGACUCACCACGCGCAUGUUUUUGAGCUGUGACGGGGACGAAAUUAUAAUGACGAUCAAGACAGAUAAUGACGAUUUGAGGACCGAGGCUGAUCGCACCAACUAUAGGCUGCAGGUAAGCAACAAGCCUUUUUCGAAGACACUACACGAUGAGAAGCUCAAGAUGCUGCAACGUGAGAUGGGUGACAAGGAGUGGCAGAACUCAAUUGACCAUUUACGACACACACGCGGCUAUGCAGACGAAGAUGAAGAAUACCCCGAGAUGGACCCGUUGUUAGUGUCACGUGGAGAGAAGUUUCAUCCAGAGCUACGUAAAGCACUGGAUGUGUGGGGACAUACUGAAGAGGCUGACGGUCUGUUUGUGGAAGACGACACUUACCGUCGUGUCCAGGGAAGUCACUGGAAUCGUUUUUGGACGUCGAUCUUUGCGUUGCCGUACGAUCCAUUAACGUACUUUGCGCCAUUUGCUGAAUAUCGCCGGGAGGAUAAGUACCAGCCGUACUACCGACGCUACCCGACCAAGUGGGGUAAGAAGAAAGAGCAGACGAUGUUUACGCAAAAGGAUCGCAUUCGAUUGGCCGAAGGUAUUGUAGAACGCCACGUGAACGCAGAUGCUCUCGAGGCAGCUGGAUACUUGGAGGGCCCGAUGUUCGCACUUCACGACGUCGAUGCACUGCACGACCUAAGGCACACGUGGGCUCUUCACUGGACCAUGUUCUACCAACCUUUGCACAAAAUACGCUACUACUUUGGAGAGAAAAUUGCGCUGUACUUUGCAUGGCUAGAAUUCUACACAAAGAUGCUUAUCUUCCCCGCCAUCGCGGGUAUUAUCACGUUUGUUUACAUUGAAGCACGCCAGGCUGCUACAGGUACGAACCAUCAAGGCUACAUUCUUAUCGCCUUUGCUGUCUUUGUGGUUCUUUGGUCGUCGUUUUUUUCCGAACUCUGGAGGCGCAAGAACGGUCUAUUGGAUUCACUCUGGGGUUUAAGUGGCUUGCAAGAGUCAUUCCGCUACCGCCCUCAGUUCCGUGGAACUAAAAGCUACCACCCGGUGACUGAUGCAGAGGAAGUGACAUUUGAAAGUAAGACAAAACGCCGCCGUGCAUUUGUCGUGUCCGUGUUGGUCGUCACGUUAAUGGUCGGAAUCGUGGUUGUUGCUCUCUUUGGUCUGUUCGUACUCAAGCACUGGAUCAACAGCACUGACAAUUUGAAAAACCACCACAUUAGCGCCAAGUAUCGGACCUCGCUGACAUUUAGUGUGACUGUGGUGAAUGCUAUUCAGAUUCUGGUGCUGAAUAUGGUUUAUCGAAAUGUGGCACGCAUACUGAAUGACCUUGAAAAUCACCGUACAGACGCUGAGUACGAAAGCUACUUGAUCAUCAAGGUUUUCAUGUUUCAGUUUUGCAACUCAUUCGCGUCCUUUUUCUAUAUAGCUUUCGUGAAGCGAAUGGCUGAAGGCUCUUGUCUGUAUGGAGAUGACUGUAUGCAGGAGUUACGCGACCAGUUGCUGACGCUGUUCUUGAUCCGAAUUGUGGUGGGCAACACGACGGAAGUGGCGGUCCCGUAUCUAAAGUACCGUUACCAACUCUUUGACGAGCGCAAAGCGGCAAACACUGAGGAGAAGGUUGGCCACAACUACAUUGAAGAGCAGGCUAAACUGGUGCCGUACGAGACCAAUGAGGCAUUCGAGGACUACAACGAGAUGGUCAUCCAGUAUGGCUUCAUUAACUUAUUCGUGGUGGCAUUCCCGCUCACACCGUUGCUAGCACUUGCUAACAAUAUGCUAGAAGUCCAUGUCGAUGCUGUGAAACUCUGUUUUGUUCACCGCCGGCCGUUUCCCCAUCCCGCUAAGGAUAUUGGCGUGUGGUUUCAUAUUUUACGAUUUAUGACGUAUAUUGCGCUUGGCACGAACUCGGCACUUAUUUUGUGGACUUCCAACUUGUUUGAAGACCAAAGUGGAACUGUCCGAGCCUUCACUUUCGUGGUGGCGUGCCAGGUGUGUUUGGUUUUGGCGGUCCUUGUCGAACGUUUGGUGCCAGAUACGCCUCAUGAAAUCAAGCUGCUCAUUGAGCGCUCUGAACACAUUGUGAAUGUGGUCUUCAAGGGGCUGUUUGAGGGCGAUUCAUCUCACUUGAAUGAGGUUGCGGAGCGCUUGGACCUCCAGAUCUACCCCAAUACUCAAUGGGAAGAAGCGAAGCAGCAUUACGCGUAG